GCUACCGUUGGACUCACUCCAAUCACAAGCUCAAGCAUUGGAAUUUGAGUAGAUCCUCCACGUGGUCCAAUCCAUUACCAACUCCUUCGUUUACGCCUCCAUCGAUAUUAUUAUUACACACACAGAUGGGUGUGUGUGUUUGUGUGUAUUGGAUCUCACGAUUUCUUCUCGAUGGAAUUUGCUCAGACCCUCUUCCAAAUCGUUUAAUCGGAGAUAAAGCUCACAGAUAGACAUACGGUUGCUGAUUUGGAAAUGGACAAGUAUGAUGUUGUCAAGGAUCUGGGUGCUGGUAAUUUCGGUGUGGCUCGGCUUCUCAGGCACAAGGACACCAAGGAGCUCGUUGCCAUGAAAUACAUCGAGAGAGGCCGCAAGAUAGAUGAGAACGUGGCGAGAGAGAUUAUCAAUCACAGAUCACUUAAGCAUCCUAAUAUCAUCCGCUUCAAGGAGGUGAUUCUGACACCUACUCAUCUUGCUAUUGUGAUGGAAUAUGCUUCUGGAGGAGAGCUCUUUGAUCGAAUCUGCACUGCUGGUAGAUUUAGUGAAGCUGAGGCUAGGUACUUCUUUCAACAGCUGAUUUGUGGUGUAGACUACUGCCAUUCCUUGCAAAUAUGCCAUAGAGACCUGAAGCUUGAGAACACAUUGCUCGAUGGGAGCCCUGCUCCCCUUUUGAAAAUAUGCGACUUUGGUUACUCUAAGUCAUCUAUACUACAUUCGAGGCCUAAAUCGACUGUGGGAACUCCAGCAUACAUAGCACCAGAAGUUCUUUCACGAAGAGAAUAUGAUGGCAAGCACGCGGAUGUGUGGUCAUGUGGAGUGACCCUUUAUGUCAUGUUGGUUGGAGCGUACCCGUUUGAGGAUCCUAAUGAUCCAAAGAACUUCAGGAAAACAAUCCAACGCAUAAUGGCUGUACAAUACAAGAUCCCGGACUAUGUUCACAUAUCUCAGGAAUGCAAGCACCUUCUCUCUCGCAUAUUUGUCACUAACUCAGCUAAGAGAAUCACGCUGAAGGAGAUCAAGAAUCAUCCGUGGUACUUGAAAAAUCUGCCGAAGGAGCUGCUAGAGUCAGCUCAAGCAGCGUAUUACAAGAGAGACACUAGCUUCUCUCUUCAAAGCGUAGAGGACAUAAUGAAGAUAGUUGGAGAAGCAAGGAAUCCAGCUCCACCAACUAGUGCUGUCAAAAGUUCGGGAUCAGGAGCUGAGGAAGAAGAUGAAGAGGACAUUGAAGCUGAAGUGGAAGAAGACGAAGACGAAGAAGACGAAUACGAGAAGCAUGUCAAAGAGGCUCAUCAGUCUUUUCAAGAGUCUGACAAAGUGUAGGAAGAAAAAUGCUCUGUUUCUCUUACUUCAUUUCUUCUUCAAGAACACUGCUUGGUACGUUGGUGACUUGCUUCUGGUAAAAAAAACACAUAUUUCUGAAAGCCGAAGGCUGUAAAGCUACGUGCAGGUUCACAUUUAGAUUUUAUGUCGUUGUCGUUUUGUCAAUUGUUGUUUGUAAGAAGUGAACAUCACUAGUUUGGAUACUCUGAACCAUACAAAUCGUUUAAUAAGCGUUUGUUAUUUUAUUA